CAGUGUCAUAGUCAUAUGUAUAUAUUUAUAAAUAUAUAUGACAUAUAUGUAUAGAGUGAUAAUAAACAUAACGUUGUCAAUGAUAAGUUUUUAAUUAUUUAAAUUUUUAAAAUGGAAGGCGAAUCUAUAAUUUCAAAUUCACCGUCAUAUUUAUCAAUGAUAUGGGGAGCAAUUGCAUCAGUGGGUUGGUACAUUAUCGCUGCAAUUGUAGUUUCAGUUUGGGCAUCACCAUACAUUAAAGAGAAAUAUAAAUCUUGGAAGCAAAAGAAAGAUGAUGAAGAAUAUUCUGCUAAAUACCACAAAAAUCCAGAUAUAUUUGAAGAGCGAACGAGAGCCAUUGAAGCUGCACGACAACGAAUGCAGCAACAAUAUCUUGAGCGAGCUGAGCUUGCCAAGCAGCAAGAAGAAGAGAAGAAAAGAUUAAAACAAGAACAAGUGAUGAAAUUACUAAAAGAUGCUGAAGGCGGAAAUAGACUAGGAACUAGUGACCAACCCUCUUCAUCCAAAUCAAGUUUCCGUGACGAAUACAAUCCACUGAUGGGAGAAUCCAGCCGUGGAUAUCGGGCUCCAAAACGCAGUUGCUGUGGUAAAAAAUGUGGAUAAAAAAAAAUUUCAAA